CAUAGCUUCCUUCUAAGCUUCCGGUGAAUAACGCAGCAAAAUACAUUUGGAAUACUUCGAUUGAUUUUAAAUUAAUUAAAAGGACUUUAAAACCUUAGUUUUCGUUUGUGUCAUAAUGCGUGCAUUUGUGUUAGUGAGUUGCUUGAUUGCGAGCGCUUUGGCGCGUCCUGAGGCCGGUUACAUCUACAAUGGAUUACAAAAUCACGCCUCACAACCGCUCAUCCACCAGCAGUUGCCCGCUGAGCAUGCCUUUGCUAACUUUGCCGCUCCACCGGCUCCCACUUACGGCACACCGCUUUCCUCUGAGCCGUCGUUGAACAGCCUCGAACAGCCCGCUGCAUCAGCGGGGCCUAACGAUGCCAGUCAACAUCAGGUUCAGCCUUUGCCACUCGAUCAACAGGAUUCUUAUAAUGCCGCCUAUCAAGAGUCGAGUAUUCUUCACGACGAUGGCUACCCUUACGCCCCUCAACCCACUUCAGUGCACAAGCACGUGUACGUGCAUGUACCGCCGAAAGACUUCGAGGAAGAGGACGUGAUCGAGACUCGUGUUCGUCAUGCGCCCGCCGCCAAACAAAAGCACUACAAGAUCGUUUUCAUUAAGGCACCAGCCCCACCUGCCAUUCGUCCACCAGUUGUGCCACCAGCACCACAAAACGAAGAGAAAACACUUAUCUAUGUGCUGCACAAGAAACCCGAAGCCGUCAAGGAUAUUGUUAUUCCUGCAGCCGAACCAACCAAACCCUCCAAACCCGAAGUCUACUUCAUCAAAUACAAUACCAAGAAAGAAGAAGCUCCCGUCUAUGGGCCUCCACCACAACAACAAGAUGGACAGGGCAAUGGAAACAACAAUUUCAUUGGUGCCGAAUUGGAUCCUCGUCAUGCUGAUGCGGCUGCGGCUAGCGAAUAUAGCGCCCCUGCCGCUGAUGAGUUUUCGGCUGAUCUUACUGCACCGCUCACUACCAUUCAGCCGGCGCCUGAGCAAGAGCAGCCACAGGCACUCAAUGCUUUUGAGUUGACCACCGCAUCGCCAUUCGCCGCCGCUGAACAGCCACAGCCCACUGCUCAAGCGCCUAGCAAUCAGUAUCUGGCACCGGAGAGCAUGUCGCCCAUCGUAGUGGAGGAGCCAGUGCAUUUGCCAUCGACUAACUAUGGACCACCCAGUAACCGAUUUUACUUGAAGAAGAAGUAAACACGAGGCAUAGCAGAAGAGUGAGAGCGCCAGAGAGCUCUAUCAACUAGUAAAAUUCAAUGUAAUUAGUUAAAUAGUCAGCGAAAGCGAAGGCAAAUGAAAGCGAAUGGUGAAGAUCGUAUGGAGAAAGCAAAUUGAUGGGAUGUGCCACACCUACUUCAUGCAACGUACAUAUGUGCGUUCACUCACAAACACAUAUAGCACAUGUUAAACUCUAAACUCACACAGCAUACCAACACAUACAUACAGACACGCAUUUAAUAGUUUUUUUUCGAUUUUGUUAUGUUUUAUAAUUUUUAAUUAAUUUUUAAUGCCUAUGAAGUUAA